AUCCCAAUCUUGGGUACGGGUAGGUGGCUCCGAAAAUGGGGCAAGUAACAGAUUUGGUGAAAAUUGCACCCAUUCCUGCAUGAACUUCUCGUGAUGGAUACAACCAUCUCUGAGACCACCUCCAUGGACUCGGUCCUUGGCGAGAGAAGAAUGGCAACCUCGAAGGUGACAGGGACGACGCCAAUGUAACCCGGAGAUACGGUUGGACUGCCUAAACUGGUCCUGUCAAUCAAAAGCGACGACAAGGAGUUCGAAAGACGGAUAUAUAAGACCUUCACGAUCGUCGUGUUUCGACUUUUGUUUAUCCUCUCACCAUCACCAGCCAUACCAUCACCCGCCAUCAGCCAUCCUCUUCUACCGAGUUUCAGAUAAAUCAGACACAAUGGUCUCCAUCAAGUCCCUCCUCCUCGGCGCCGCCGGUGCCCUCGCCGUCCCCUUCAACGCCACCGAGUUCUCCGAGCUCAACGUGCGCGCCGGCACCCCCAGCGGCACCGGCUUCAACAACGGCUUCUACUACUCCUUCUGGACCGACGGCGGCGGCAAUGUCAACUACAACAACGGCAACGGCGGCUCUUACUCUGUGAACUGGCAAAACGUCGGCAACUUCGUCGCCGGCAAGGGCUGGAACCCCGGUUCGGCUCGCACCAUCACCUACUCGGGUCAAUUCAACCCCUCCGGCAACGGCUACCUGUCCGUCUACGGCUGGACCCGCAACCCGCUUGUCGAGUACUACGUCGUCGAGAACUUUGGCACCUACAACCCUUCGUCGGGCGCCCAGCGUCUCGGCUCCGUCACCACCGACGGCUCCACCUACGACAUCUACAAGACUACCCGCUACAACCAGCCGUCCAUCGACGGCACCAAGACCUUCAACCAGUACUGGUCGGUCCGCCAGCAGAAGCGCACCGGUGGUACCGUCACUAUGAGCAACCACUUCAAUGCGUGGGCCAAGGCUGGUCUGCAGUUGGGCCAGCACAACUACCAGAUUGUGGCGACGGAGGGAUACCAGAGCACUGGAUCUGCUUCUAUCACGGUUCAGGGCCCUUGAGCGAUGGAUUCAGUUAUGUAGAGGAGAGAUAUCUGUAUGGUGUUAGCUUAAGAUAUGUUGAGGGUGGGCACGAUCGGAAGUUGGACAUCGGGAAGGAGCGGGGGUGGUAGUCCUUUGACAAGUGCGAGUCGCUCUUUCCGGGCACCCAGGUGUUGAAGGGUUGCGUGAUCUCGGUGCAAGUGAGUCCACACUGCUUUGGAAGUUGCGCCCGCGCCGGACUCCUUGUACUACAGUAGACCAGACCUCACAAUCAAUUUUUACCUUCUCCCAAACUUGCCUUGGGUACUCUGAUCAAUUUGAAACUCC